AUGGCCGAGGGAGUUGUGUUGUUCGGAGUACAGAAGCUCUGGGAGCUCCUGAGUCGAGAAUCUGAGCGGUUUCAGGGAGUUCAUGAGCAAGUUUCUGAGCUACAACGUCAGCUGGGAAGGUUACAGUCCUUGUUGAACGAUGCAGAUGCCAAGAAACACGACAGUGGCAGAGUGAGAAACUUCUUGGAUGAUGUCAAAGACAUUGUGUAUGAUGCUGAGGAUAUAACUGAAACUUUUCUACUGAAUGAAGAACGAGCAAAAGUAAAAGGGAUCAAGGAAUCAAUGAGAAGGCUCGCUUGCUUCUUACCAGAUCGCAGGAAGUUUGAUUCAGAUAUCAAAGGCAUAACUAUGAGGAUAUCUGAUGUGAUUGGAGAGAUGCAGAGCGUUGGAAUACUACAAAUCAUUGAUGGUGGUGGUUCUUUGCUGCCUCUGCAGCAUAGACAAAGAGAGAUCAGACAAACAUUUCCUAAGAACUCGGAGACAGAUCUUGUCGGGGUGGAAAAGAGUGUUGAAGAUUUAGUUGAGCGUUUGGUUGGGAAUAACAACAUUCAAGUGGUUUCUAUAUCUGGUAUGGGAGGUAUUGGUAAAACCACUCUCGCUAGACAGGUUUUCCAUCACGACAUGCAUGAUUCAGACGUUUUAGGGAUGGAUAAACAUACGCUCCAGUGUAAACUUUUUGAGUUGUUGGAAACUGGUAGAUAUUUGAUUGUGCUUGAUGAUGUAUGGAAUGUAGAAGAUUGGGACCGAAUCAAAGCAGUGUUUCCACAGAACGGCGGCUGGAAGAUAUUGCUUACUUCUCGCAAUGAAGGUUUACAUGCAGAUCCAACAUGUUCUUUCUUUAGACUGAGAAGCCUUACUCAUGAACAAAGUUGGACACUAUGUCGAAGGAUAGCAUUUCCUAGUAGAGAUACAACAGAAUCUAUGGCUGUGGAAGAAAUGGAAGCUAUGGGUAAGAAAAUGGUUACAAAUUGUGGAGGACUACCAUUAGCUGUUAAGGUGUUGGGAGGUUUGUUAGCUGGGAAACAUUCGAUUCCCGAGUGGGAAAAAGUAUAUGAAAACAUUGGACCUAACAUCGUAGGAGGAUCUGGUUUAGAUAACAAGAAUCUCAAUUCGGUGUACCGAGUAUUGUGUUUGAGCUACGAAGAUUUGCCAGUGUGUUUAAAGCACUGCUUCCUUAGCCUAGCCUGUUUCCCUGAAGACUACAGAGUAAAUGUGGAGACGUUGUUCAGUUACUGGGCUGCAGAAGGAAUCACAACGCUGUAUCUUGGUGGAGCAACCAUUCGAGAUAGUGCAGAAGGCUGCCUAGAAGUCUUUAUACGGUGUGAAAGUCCAAGCAUAGUAAAAGUUACAACUUACACCAUACAUUGCUUCUAA